CCCCAACCUCGUUCAAUUUGUGUGAUUGGUUAAGUUUGCGUGUCAGGCAUUGGCCUCCAUUCAAACUGGCGGUUUAACCUAUUGUGGCAAGGAACAAGACAUGUUAGCAGCUUGAUUAGAAUAGCGGCCCCAACUCCAAACCACAUCGACACCCUUCUGGCGACUGGCACCGCUGCAGAUGUGACAAACGAUUUUCCUGGUUCCACUGCUUCACUCAGUUGCGGGCACAAUGUCGAACCGUGCAACUGGCUGUGGCAGCGCCAGCGGAGUCCGAUGCCUCCGGUACACCACCGGCGGUGGCUAUUACGAGGGCAAGUGGCUGCAUGGCCAUCAUCAUGGCUAUGGCGUCAAGGCUAGCGGACGCGGUCUCAUCUACGAGGGCCAAUGGCGAUCGGGCCAGCGGCAUGGCUACGGUACACUGCGGCGUCAGUGCCACGACGGACACGCCCAUCGCCUCUAUGUGGGCCAGUGGCUCGACGAUGUGCGCUGUGGCGAGGGCAAACAGUAUUAUGAGGAUGGCUCCGUCUACUUUGGCCAGUGGCUGCACAAUGAACGACACGGUCGCGGCAUCCAGUGGCAUGCGGAUGGACGCAUCUAUGUGGGCGAGUGGCAACACGAUGCCAUGCACGGCCGUGGAGUGCUCUACUCGGCCAAUGGGAAUCGCUAUGUGGGUGAAUUCGAGCGUGGCUGCAAGUCUGGCACCGGCGUCUACUAUCACGAGGGUCCCCACGGUCAAGCUGUGCAGCAGCACGGCAUUUGGAGCGAUGACAUCUGCAAGACUUCGAUGCUGCCGGCCAAACCGAAGCGGAACCCGAAACCAGCAGCUGAGAGCUGAUUUUGUGAAAUGGAACGUUUAAUAGCUGCACAAUAUAAAUAUAUAUAAGUUUACUCAAAUUUAAAAACG